AUGGAGGCUGUCAGCACAAAUCUUGAUCGUAGCUUGUCAAAGCUCUCUCAUUUAUCGAACUUUUCCUCAAAACCCACCUCGAAACUGCUACUAUCUUGCCGAUUCUCGAAAUUUAACGGUGGGAAAAGCAAGAAUCUCAGAGGUAACAUUGUUCAGUGCUCGAGUCAGGACAAGGGCAGCUCACCAGUAGCUCGAAAUGGAUGUUCUUUAGCUGUAAAUAAGGAUUUUGUUAAGAGGGUUUUGAAUGGGGCGCUUGGUUUUGCUGCUGCGCUUUCUCUGUGUUCCGAUUCGCCGUCUUUUGCGGAGUCUUUAACUGUGGCCUUUCCUGUUUCUCACACGCGUGAGGUGAAUACAGUUCAAAGAACUCUCAUCGAGGCAUGGGGUUUGAUUCGGGAGACCUUCGUCGAUCCAACUUUCAAUCAUCAGGAUUGGGAUUUAAAAUUGCAACAAACGAUGGUUGAAAUAUUUCCACUUAGAUCAGAAGAUGCAGCGUAUAAUAAAAUCAAAGGGAUGCUUUCCACUCUCGGUGACCCUUUUACGCGCAUCAUUAGUCCUAAGGAAUAUCAAAGCUUCAGAAUAGGAAGUGAUGGGAACUUGCAAGGUGUUGGCUUAUUUGUCAGUGCUGAGCCGAAGACUGGGCGCAUGGUUGUUUUGUCGUGCAUAGAGAAUAGCCCUGCCGCGCGGGCUGGCAUUCACGAAGGAGAUGAGCUAGUGGAGAUUAACGGUGAAAGACUUGAUGGCGUGGGAAGUGAAGCAGCUGCCCAAAAGCUUAGAGGACGAGUUGGUACAACUGUCACCGUAAAAGUUCACAGUGUCGAUGACUUGGGGAACUCUUAUGUCAGAGAGGUUAAAAUACCUCGUGAAGUAAUAAAGCUUUCGCCCGUAUCUAGCGCCAUUAUCCACCACAGAGCACCCGACGGGCAUCUUUCCAAAACUGGAUACGUAAAGCUGUCAACUUUUUCUCAGGCUGCUGCAGUGGAGAUGGAAAACACAGUUCAUGAGAUGGAAAAUCAAGGCGUGCAGUCGUAUAUAUUAGAUCUCAGAAAUAAUCCAGGAGGUUUGGUAACAGCAGGACUUGAUGUAGCUCAAAUUUGGCUAGACGGGACUGAAACGCUAGUGAACACUAUCGAUAGAGAUGGAAAUAUGUUGCCUAUUACCAUGAUCGAUGGUCAUGCAAUAACUCACGAUCCACUUGUCGUCCUUGUUAAUGAAGGGAGUGCAAGCGCGAGUGAGAUUCUUGCGGGAGCACUUCAUGACAAUGGUCGAGCGACUCUCAUUGGGCAUAAGACUUUCGGGAAAGGGAAAAUACAGAGUGUGACAGAGCUAAAUGAUGGAUCGGCUCUUUUCAUUACUGUGGCCAAGUACUUAUCACCGGCACUUCACGACAUUGACCAGGUUGGUAUAACCCCCGAUGUACAAUGUACAACCGAUAUUCUUAAUUCACCAAAAGACUCUUUCACUAAGAAUGUUGGAAGCUCGGUUUCAACUCUGGAAAGAGAUUCUUGUAUCGUAAUAGCGGAGCACCAGCUCGAUAUCCAACAAUCCACAUCCAAAGGCUCGGCUUCUUGA